AAAGUAGGGAUGGGUGGAUGUUUGGUUGCGGAUGGGAAAGGGGGAAGGAGAGGCACGAAUUUGUCGUCGGUGUAUCCUGUGGCUCCACACGCUCCUGUGGCUCCACACGCUCCUGUGGCUCCACGCGCUCCUGUGGCUCCACAUGCUCCUGUGGCUCCACGCGCUCCUGUGGCUCCACACGCUCCUGUGGCUCCACGCGCUCCUGUGGCUCCACACGCUCCUGUGGCUCCACACGCUCCUGUGGCUCCACACGCUCCUGUGGCUCCACACGCUCCUGUGGCUCCACACGCUCCUGUGGCUCCACACGCUCCUGUGGCUCCACGCGCUCCUGUGGCUCCACACGCUCCUGUGGCUCCACACGCUCCUGUGGCUCCACACGCUCCUGUGGCUCCACACGCUCCUGUGGCUCCACACGCUCCUGUGGCUCCACGCGCUCCUGUGGCUCCACACGCUCCUGUGGUUCCACGCGCUCCUGUGGCUCCACACGCUCCUGUGGCUCCACACGCUCCUGUGGCUCCACGCGCUCCUGUGGCUCCACACGCUCCUGUGGCUCCACACGCUCCUGUGACUCCACGCGCUCCUGUGGCUCCACACGCUCCUGUGGCUCCACACGCUCCUGUGACUCCACGCGCUCCUGUGGCUCCACACACAUGCUUCCGUGCCUUCAAACAUGCCCCAUUCCGCCUUCUCCCCCUGCCACGCUGUUGCACCUCAGCGUACCUCAUCACGCCGUACUCUCCACCUUGCGACUCAAUCUACCACAUUGCACCACAGCUUACCACAUGGCGCCUCAACUUACCACAUGACGCCUCAGCUUACCACGUUGCACCUCAACUUUCCACAUUGUAUGUCUAUGCACUGCCCUGCACCCCAUGUGCACGGACCUCCUUUCCCCAUGCGCACGGCACUGUUACCCCAUGCGUGCACUGGCUGGCAUUGCUUGUAUCAGGUGCGGCGGUCGCGCAUCAGCGACAAGAUGAAGCUCCUGGCGGACCUCAUUCCGGGCAUGGACCGGCAGGUGAGGUGAGGGCGGUGGAAGGGGACGGCAGGUGAGCAAGGCACAAAAAAACGGAUUCCGUAUUAUACAGUCCGAAUACUACGGUCGUUCUGUUUGGUGAAUUUGGGAAAAGAACGUCGUUUUUAAAAACGAAAUCACUACCUUGAAAAUAACUCAUUUUUCUAUCUCAAACAUCUCAUGGCAUUAUCCCUGAGGCCUAGGGCCGUUAUGGGAUCUACAGUUCUCCGACCUCUCUACGAGGUGAGGUCAUCUACCCUCCCCUAUCCAUGCGUUGUGUUAUAAGUUGGAAGACCUAGAAAGCAGAUGUGAAACGAGUUGAAAUGCUUCAGGAAUGUGAGUACCUGUUUGACGUUGGGCGAUGUUUGAAUGUGGAAUGUUAGAGAGGUUUGGUGAAGAGAAUGGGAGGUACAGACUAGGGUUGGUAUAAUCGCGUCGCUGAUGCAUCGCAAGUGUCGCGCUAUGCGCGAAAACAUCGUUGCAGGUCGCGAAGAUGUACACCGGAUCGCAACGGCUUCGUCAAUUGAGUGAAAAACACGAACUGACAGUUUGGGAUUUCACCCUUCAGGGAAACGUUGACCCGACAGCCAGCUUCGUUUUUUACCAGGCAUAAACCAGCCCCGGAAAUUCGCAUUCCCGAUGUACGU